GCACGGCCGACGCCGCCCGUGCCGUAUCUCCGCGCACGUCGACUUCCCGUUGUCGCGUUGCGUAAUAGUCAGUACGAAACAACAAAGGAACGACUCGCUGCCGCAAGCGUUUCGAGGUUAUAGACGGUUGAUAUUUAAACGUAGACUAGGUACAGUGUAUGUUCCAUCGCCAUGGACAAAAUCGACCCCGAGCUACUCAUCAGCUUGGUGCACAGCCGGCCGGGCCUGUGGGACAAGAGCUUGGAGAGCCAUAAGGACUUCGUUUUGAGAUCGAACGCGUGGAAAGAUAUUUGUAGGAUUCUGAAUCCCGAGUUUAAUGAUAUGCCUCGUAAAGAAAAAAAUGUGUAUGUCAAAACGGUUAUGAAGAAAUGGACCAACAUCCGAGACGCAUGGAAAAAGACAGUUUCCGAGGAUAAGCGGAAGUUUAAGCCAUACGUUUAUCACGAACAAUUGAAGUUUCUUCUGAAGAACUAUAAUAAAGGUGACAGCACGGAUGCAGAAGCAAGCAAAGAUAAAAUAGAAGAGUACAAUAGUGACGACGCUUCAGACAGCGUAGCGAGCAGUAGCAACAGACCAGCCAAGAGACUGAAAACGCACGAGCAGGACGAACAAGACGCCGGCUACAUUCAUUACAUGGACGUAAAGUCUACACAUGUCGAGGACGCUCACAUCUCAUUUUUCAAAAGCCUCCUACCGAGCUUACACAAGCUGGACGACGAUGAAACAUUAGAGUUCCAAAUGGGUGUGAUCAAACUGAUACAGGAAAUAAGGCGAAAGGCGAGAGUGCAGCCCUUCCACGAGCCCUAUAUGCGCUACAACAUGCCGUCGUCCAGCUACGAAAUGGUAGAAAUUAAAAAAGAUAUCGACUAGCUUUACGUUAAAUUUAAUUUCUUAAGGAAUUAGUUUUAAGUAUUUUAUACUAUUUAAAAAUAUAUUAAGCGGUUACAGAUAUUCUUAUGUUUUGUAAAAUAUUAAAAUUCAAUAAUGUACGUCUGACUGGUUGGUCAUUGAAAUAAUGUCAGGAUCUUGUUAGUGCAGUAACAUAAAAGUUAAGAAUAGCAGGAAAUAAAAUAAAUUCAAUAAGAAAGUGAUGCUUAUUUUUUUAU